GGCCAUCUGGACAGCGGCUGUCCAUUCUGCUGCUCCGGUGGGGCCGCGAGCUCUCCAAGCGGACACCUUAGCCGCUCCCCCGAGGACACGAGUUUCUUUCUCGGCGGAAAGGCGUGAGGAAUUCCUGAUAAGAUGUGCUGGGCCCUGAAGUUCGUUUUGACUGUGUGCUGUCUUUUCUGUUGGCACCCGCCCUGCAGGGCCGACCAGGACGGUAAAACUUCUCAGAUCAACUCCAUCGUCAUGAUGAGCAUUGGUGCCGGGAUCCUGGUGGCCCUGCUGGCUCUGAUAUGUGUCACCAGCUGUCUCUACUUCAAAGUGGCCAAGGCAUUGAAGACUUCAAAACCGCCUUUUUGUUUGGCCUUAAAAAAUCAUCCAUCCAUGGUCACUCAGGACAAGAUCACCGCGGCCCCGUCCAUCACCGCCGGCUGCUACCCCAACCUCCAGUUCUGCGAGGAGUGCCCCUUGUUUACCGACUUCGACUCCCUGCCGCCAUGCUUCUGUGACGUGAACGAGGGCCUCUGACUCGGGUGGGCACGGAUCCUUCGGGAGCAAUCUUUCUUUCUUAGUAGAAUGUUUUGUUAUUCAAGUCAAGUUUGUAGUCUGUAUAUUAUGUACUGUGUAACGUAUUUAUGUGCUUUUGAAUAAAUGCAGUAUUGAAACAAC